ACAUGGCCUCUAGAUGAAACGUUAAACACAGAAAGGCAAAUUGUCUAAACAAAGAUAAAAAGAAAAGGGAAAACAAAUCGCCUGGGAAAAAAAAAAUGCCAUUACCUAUCUGCACAACCAACCACAUAUAGGACAUAAUAGCGACCACUUCACCAGUCUAUCGAACAGUCUAAAACCAUUCGGAAUGCCUCAGCCAGUUUUGAUUACGUAUUCUGAAAAACUUGUCCAGACCUCGGCACCCACCCAGAAGACGUUAUAGAUUCUCCGUUAUGACUGUUGAAGGCCAGGCUGCGGACCUGAAGUUUAGAAAUGUAACACAGCCGCAAUCUUCGAGAGUACUUCCCCAACUUAGAGAGAAAGAAUGGCUACCAGUGUUAAGAAAGAAACUACGUUCUAAGUUUAUUUCCAACUAUCCGCUAGCACACAUGGAAACCACGCAUGCGUCAAAGGAAACACCGACAUUGCUACCGGAAAUAAACAUAUCGCAGAAGGCCGUCCACAAGAUGACGUACAAACGGGAUCAUCUGCGACUGCCCAUACAAACGGACUACGUGUAUCCGCUGAAUGACGUCAUACAGCAGGCACCGCAUGACGGCUUCUUCUGGCUAAUGGUGUAAUUCUUAACUUGAUCUGUGGUGAAGAAAAUUAUACACAUCUUUAUGUUAUUUGAAGGGUCCAUGGGAAUUUCCUACGAUGUCCACUUCUGACAUAUUUUUCGUUUAUCUGCUCUAACGCAUAUUUAGAGUAUGUACUUUUAACUGCAAACCAAACUACUCUAAUCAGUGGCGUAGGAAGGUGUC